UAUUGCAAAUUCUUGCUGCUCUGCUUGGUAAUAUAUCUUCAUCAUUAAUUAAGAUCAAUCAAUGGAAGGUCUGAUUCCAAUGGUGUACAAGGCAAUGAAGAGGAACAGAACUCGCCGCCAAUACAGCAGCCUCUCAUCAUCAUUAUCAUCAUCAGCAUCAGCAUCAGCAGCUCAAACUAAUUACAACAUCGCCGACUUCUACAUUGAUCCUAAUCAAACUAAUUACGUAUAUGUGCCACCACCUCCUCCUGCUGCUUCUUCUUCAACUCCUCAUGAUCAUCAUCGUCGUAUAUUUAAUGUAAACAACAAUGGUGGCUUUUCUACAGUAUCUGCCCCCCUGGAGCACAAGUCAUCAUCGUCCACAAACAACAUAAUCAACGGUCAAGUAAUUCAACACCGACGACACAAAUCUGUUUCUGUUUCUGUUUCUGCUCCUCCAAAGCAACUUGUCCGGUUUCGGAGCCAUCGAGGAAUCUUCUCAUGCAUGACUUGUGGUGAGGUGCCUAGCUAAGAGCUGAUUAACAACGUAUACCACCUGCCUGCACUAGAAUUAAUAGAUAAUAAUUUGAUUAUCAAGCUUAGUUAACUUAAUGUUGUAAUGAAUACCUCUGCACUCUGUUCCUCCAUUGCCUCUGUUUCUCUGCUUUCAUAAUUUCUCCAUCUGCCAAAUGCAAAUCUAUAAGAAAUGUUGUGAUGCUGGCCUUAAUUAGGAUUUUGUAUUUUAUUUCUAACUUAAAUGUCUGCAAUAUUCAUACCACCAUGGCACCAUGGCACCAUGCAUGUGAUUGAUAUUCCAGUCUUACACAGCUGAUCACUUGAUCACAAAAAUUAAUUAAUUAAUUAAUUAUUGAUGAAGCCCGGUCGGUCAUCAAUUAUGAUGAUGGAACAUUAAUCCAUAGUAUACAAAUUAAACUCGUUUCAUAUGAGUCUAGAAACUGGAAAUUGGCAAACUUUGGUCAGUCAAUGGUCGAAUGCAGAUCAAAGGUUUUGUUGUUGAGAGAAGGAAAAACAAAAACAACAGAGUUUUGGAAUUAUGUAUUAAUCCUUGUAAUCUAUUGGAAGGAAAAAGAAAAAGAAAAAGAAAAAAA